GGAAUCACAAGGGACAAUUAUUGGGUGCGUACAGAAAUUUGUCAAAUUCAACCAUCCAGUUCCAUGAUUUUGCAAAACAUAAGGCAUCCCUCUAAUUUGAUUGGCUACUGUUUAUUUCCUUUGUGCUAAUUCUUUCGUGUGAUUAGAGCUGGGACAUACCGACAAGCAAUGGUGCUUAAAAAAUCCUUCGGGCAGGAGCAAGAGACUUUCGUUGUGAAAGAUAUACACUUUAGGUACGAUCUAUUCAUUCUAACUUCAGUCUUUGAAAGCAAUCCAACCGAAAUAUUUCAACUCACCAGCACAUUGUGAAUUCAGCUACGAUUUUCUCUACGAUGUUUAUGAAUACACGCGGAUGGAUUCCAUAGUUGCCGAACGUUUGACAUCGAGUAAACGCAUAUAUAACAUUUAUGGCACAUGUGGAGUUGGAAUCAUGUCAGAAUUCUUCCCUCAUGGUCAUAUUGAAGCCUUCACUCUCCGAGAUGAUCAUGGCAAGCGGCAGUUUAUGGACCAAAACGACGACACGGAGGGUCCUUUGAUUUGCUACAACAAUUUGUCUGGACUUGCAAAAUUAGAAUUAGCCGCCCAUAUGGCGGACGCUUUAGCAGAUCUACACGGAUACACGGGAGGCGUGAUUGUUCAUCAAGAUGUUGUACGUAUAAAUGAAUUUCAAACGGGAAUUUCGAGUUUUGCCUUCUCUUUGUGAUUUCGUUUUUUCCAAUUGAAUUCUUCGAAACACCAACUAACGACAAGCAAAAAAUACUUGCAGAAAUUGGAUCAAUUUUUCUUAAAUGCCGACAAGACAGGUGUGGUCUUGAACGACUUUAACAGGUGAGUCUCUCGACAGUGCUUUUGCAUUGCCGGAUUCUACUUCCUCAAAAUAUUUGUGUGCCGUCUCUUUUUUCUGAACAAUCGCCAGAGCUGAGUUCAUGCUAUGGGAUGACUAUGAAGAACAGUACUGCCCUUAUAGGGAAGGUUUUGGCGCGGGCAAUGUAAGUUUUUUUGAAAAUUUCAGUCCUUUUUCAACCAAAGAAUAUUACUCACUGGGACCUCUUCUUUCUUUCUGUCAUUUCAGUGGAGAUCGCCCGAAGAAUACUACGACGAGUAUCUUACUGAAAAGGUUGAUGUCUACUCUCUAGGCAACAACAUGUAUGGUUUGCUAACUGGUUUGAUGGCUUUUGAGGAAGCUGAUAGUUAUGAUGAAGUGCAAGAUCAUGUGAGGGCUGGUGAGAGGCCCUACAUUGACCCAAGAUACGAAGAGAGAAGUCUGGCAGAGGCAAAGCUUGUAGAAGUCAUUGACAAAUGUCAUGAAUACUAUCCAGAAGAUCGACCAAGCAUAUUUGAAGUUGUUGAUAUCUUGUGGCAAGCCCUAGAAGAAAUCUACGAUGAGAUGGACAGACUGAAAACUGUCAGUAAAAGUUAAUUCUAACUGUUAUGCUUCCAAACUUCUUCAGGCAUCCAUAUUGAUCUCUCUAGAAAGAGUUCCGAAACUGAUUUGAUACGCGUACGUAGUUCCGAUUCCAAAUUGUUUUUUUUUUUCAAUAAUAACUUAUUAGUGCA